GAUUUCUGCACAUGUUGAAGUAUCGAGGUGAAGGGGCGGGGGGGCGGAACAAGAUGCAGAAAGAACAUCAAGUGUUGAAUUGUCUUCACGUUGCGUCAAUGGCUCAUAGUUCUACCUCACGUGCCCGCGAUCUUGCAUCCUCUUGCUCACCACGACGAGGACCCUCUGAUUUGUUGUCGGACCACAUGAGCAGAAGUUCUACGGGCACGACGUCGACCCAUGAUCUAUUCCAAAGUGGUUUUCGGUCGCCCAGUUUCUGGGACAAAUGCUGGACUUUGGAUCGCGAGAAACUGGAGAAAAACCUGCAAAUUGCCGACGAGGAGGUUCAUCGCAAAAACCGUGAUAAGUUCUUCUCGAAGAGUUUGCUCGAUGGAAUAAAUCGUGACCACGACAACUUCGACGAGCACCAGUAUCCGAGAACUCCAAGCAGCACCAUUUCGCGCAAUAUUUCUGGGCUCUCCGCUGCCUCUGCGCAGAGCCAAACGUCUCGUAGCAGCUACCGGAGCGCAAAUUUGCACAAUAUCUGCUGCGCGACCUCUUCCCAAGCGCAGCAGCAGAAGAAGGCUUCUACGACGAGGAACAGGCGGACGCUUAAGGAUUUUUUCUGCGUGGAGGAUCCGUUCGCGCCGAAAUUGUUUCCGAACGUACACGAGAGCUACGACUUUUCCUUCUGGAACAACCGACGUGCCUGGCAAACGGGGAAAAAGAUCGGAAAUCGGUUCCUCAGUGUCGAGGCGAGCCAGAGUGGCGAAAUUCUGUGCUUCACGUCGAUGCGAAACUUCAUGGAGAAGUUACAGGAAGCAGAGGCUCAGCAACGGGGGGAACGAGGACUACUACACGCAGACGACAGCAACAAUGCCAGCGGAACUAGGUCGUGUGCGGCUAGUCCUGGUAGUGCACCGCCAAAGAAGCAGGUGCAGCUCCUCUCAACUAAAGAUCAUCUUCCCGAGAAGCACGACGUGAGGACACCAGCACGACAGAAAGCCGCAGAGGCUAGGGCUUUGCUAGCACAAGAGCCCCCACAGGCGGGGGGGAGCAAGAAUUGUCAACAUCAAGGGAAACAACAACUUUCUAGUUCACCCACCACACCGAAAACGUCUUCAAAGCGCGACAGUACUGCGUCGAAGCGCGACAGCACGAAGUCGGGCGUUUCGACAGCGAGCAGCGGGACCAAGCGGCAAAAGCUUCGGCGCCGUGGUCUGACAGGCGAGAAGCUAGGUGAAGACGGGCAAGUCGUUGGACCUGCGGCCGCCACCACUGCCGGAAUCGUGGGUGAUUUUUCUGAUGUGGUCACAUCUGCGGACGAUGAGAAAAAUCUAGAGAGGACGCAAGCGUCUUCCUCUUCUUCAACAUCCCGUGCAGGAGGACCAAUUAUAGCCGCAGGAGGAGGUGCUGAUGGCGAUGACCGCAGGUCUGGGAACGAGAAGAAGGAGGACUACCACGAGGACGACAAUAGUCAGCUGCAAGAAGCGGACCCCACGACGCUGAAGAUUGUCGACCGCACCGCGUUCCUGACCUGCGGGCCCUCGGAGUUUUACAUCUACAAGGGCGAAUUUUUCGCAACCUUCGAGGACGCGGUCAAAUUUGGACAGCUGCAGGAGUUGGCAACAUCCCAGGGACGGCUCUCGUGCACAUCUUGGCACAAGAAAGACGAGAAUGAUGCUGGCCGAAUGCAGCAGAGAAAGUUUCUGUAUCUGGCGCAGUUACCAGUGGCCGAGCACUUUAACUCGCUCUCGGACCUGGUUACGUCUCUGCGAGACUUUGCAGAAGACCAGUGUCGCAUGCAGCAAAACCUGCGCCAGCAAUCGAGCAUCGGUGUGUACUUGAGCAGCCCCACAAGCCGGGCUGCAGCCCCUGGUGGAUCGGGCACCAAGGUAAUAGCAUCUACUCCUGGGCGGGGUCAUGCAGCGGUUGCAGUUGGAGGCGGGCAAAAAGAACUGAUGAAAAGUAAAGCGAUUUGUCCAACAUCUUCCAUAGACACGGCUGCGAAAAGUCUUACAGCAUUUGCUCACGGUAAAGGAGCGCAAAAAACGAAAACUUCUGAUAACGCGGCACAUCAUCGCCACAACAAGUACCACGUUCAGGCAGACCUGUCGCGGCCGCAUCGGAAAAGUCAUGCGAGCUUGUUUGCGCCGGACCCGGAUAAUGCCUUCUCGCUCUUCGAGCCGAUGACACCCCUUACACCCCUUGAAGGUGAAAAUGAAGCAGCUGUGCAGGCGUAUUUUCAAGAAAACCACGAUGGUCCACCUUGUGGGCAUGAUCUGCCGUCGCCCAAAAAUAUAAAAAAGAACCAACUAUCGCCUUUCGUUGAGAAGCAGAUGAAACAGCGCCGAACGGAACAGAAUGCGCUGACGUUCUGCCAAAACUUGCAAAUCAUGAUGGCACCGCCAGAUGAUCGUGGUGCGGCUGCUGGCGCUGCUGGUCGUGGGGUCGAGGGAGCAGCAGCUGGAGCUGCUAGAAGUACGGAGAACGAGGUUGAAGGAAUAUCAGACGCUCGCCCUGAAGACGUCGAGGGCUGGGAUGAAAGAGCUCUCCUGCAACAGGCUCGGACCACGACCACGACGAGUAAGACGAGUGAAGCUGCACUGGAAGCGGGGGACAGUGGUUCGCAAAAAAUUUUUCACCGCUCAUCUUCACAGGAUCACGAAACGAGGAAAGACGAAGCAGGAGGAAGUACAAUGGAACAGCAACAGCAGGAGCCGGGAGACCACAAGAAGGCUUUGGUUACUGGUACAACAGCCUGUGGUCGUCAUAUGAAUAACAAAGCAAAUGGUUCAGAACAAAUGAAGGCAAUAAAGAACAACACGGAGAUGAUGACCACCACGGGUCCGCAAGUGCCCCCGCCGCGGAAUGGGGCGGUAGAUAAAACAAGCGCAAGUCCUCCUUGCCCCCAGCACCAAAUGUUAUUGAACAGCAGAAUUCCUCACCCGAAGGCAGAUUUUCUGAACCUUCGGGCCUUCGAAUUUUUCCAGUACGGGCACUGCCACCUGUUUCUGGGGCCGGCGCACACCGUCACAGACUUUCACUACGACCCAACAGACAAUUUUUUCGUGCAGCUGGUGGGGUACAAGUUCUUCCGCCUCUACCCGCCGCAUUCCAAGUGGAUCCAACCCAAGUACGAGCAGGAGAUGCAAAAUCUCGUGCAGCAGAGGCGUUCCAGCUUCGGCUUUUUGCCCUCGCCGAAAAUGGUGGUGUCCACCCCGGGCGGACGAAAUUCCAUCGCGGCAGCUGCUAGUCCUCCGAGUACUCCGGCGGGGUUCGACGCUUAUUCGCCCGGCGGUAAAAGAAGUACUGGAGGACCCUCCCCGGUCUUGUGCGGCGCAAGAAAACCAGGAGUGCAGGAACAAACG